UGUCAGCAUUGCUAAUACGAAGGACGGUCCGAUUGUGCUUGGCAGAAAUUUUCUCCUCCCAGAAGAACCUGAAGGGCAAUGGCAGCAAUUGUUACUGGUCUGAUCCCGAUCCUCCGCACUGCAGUAGACGCCACCACCACCUACAAAGGGCGCACCGUCUGGUUCGGCUUUCUCUGUAUUCGUCUUGUAACGCUUUUUGUGGCUGAAAUGCCUUGGUUUAAACUGGACUCCGACUUCAGCUGUAACGUCACCAAGGAGAGCGUGUGCACUCGAGCCUGUUUCAACCAACACUUUGACAAACCUGUGGUAAUGGCAUGGAACUAUAUUUUUGUCCUCCUCAUCCUGUCUGUCCUGCUCAUGGAGCUCUUCACGGCCCACGUACACUCAGUUUUCCAGAAGAAAAGCUCUAAAGAGAAGAGUGGAGUGGAGCUUGAAUCUCUGGGCGAGCUGAAAAGUUCAAGUAAUGCUGGUGAUAGCACAGCUGGGGUGAUGAUCCUAGACAUGCAUGGAAGCAGAAACGCGGUGCUCUUCUACCUGUUCAGCGUAAUGCUGCGGAUUGUGGUGGAGCUUUGGUUCGUGUACGUUCUGCUUUAUUGGAAUUUGCCUAAACUAAACCAUAGUGUAUUCAUAUGUAAGAGCCAUGUUCAAGGAUGUCCAGAUCAGGAGUGCUUGGUGAGGUCUACAGCAGAGAAAUGCAUGUCUAUCUAUGCUCUAGUGUCCAUUUCUGUGCUGGUCAUCAUCAGCAGUUGUAUUUUCUGUGUCUACUUCAUUGGCCACUACUUGUGUAACUGUUGCACCAAAGGGCCACACAAUGUGGAAAUACAUGGUAUUCAAAGUGGGUUUUAGAUCCUCUAAAGUGUGGUUUUCCAUUCUCGUCUUUUCUUUUUGUUUUUGUUCAACAUUUUUAAUUCAGCGUAAUUUUUUGUGUCAAGAAUUGUUGAAUAGCAUUGUUGCUUUUUUUUUUCUUCCUGUCUUUUACUGAAUUGUGAAAAGUAUAGCAAUAAAGGGUGUUGCAAUGUCAUCAGUUUUGACUGUGUUGACCAUGGUGUUUCUAACCAAAGCACAUUUUUUUUGCUUCUUUGCUUUUUUUUCACAUUUGGUUUGCAGUGUUAGAACAGGGCAGACAAGACAAAUGAUUGUUCUUCUUUUGCAGACAUGCACAUUAUUUUAUUUUGUUUU